AUGCGAUUUUCUAUCCUCAUCGCGGUUUCGGCCCUGGCCACCGGAAUUGUCAGCCAGCCGUUAAUUCGUCGCGCGGAAGAAGAGGAACCGCCCUACGACGUUGGCGGUGGCCCCUCCGGUCGCGGACACAACCCCAAUGAUGGAAUGCCUCCGCCUGGGGGACAGCCAGACUGGGGAAAGUUUGAAAGGCAAAUGGAAAGCGAAACAAACAGGAUCAAUAUCGUCAUUUCCCCCUCACAGACCAAACAGCGGGAGGGGAUGGGGGAGAAGCGGAAACUAGGGCUGUUCUUCAGGUCUCGUGAUAUGAGGGUCCGGAUGCUACAGUUGGCUCAGAGCAUCUCGAUGCUUUCCGUUCCCGACAAGGCACCUUUCACUAGGUGA